AGUGUAGGCAAGCAUUUAAAGGCGCUACCGCGGCCACAGACCCGGUAAUCCGGUGCAGACCCACUGCUCGAAAUGAUCCCAAAGAUGCAGGCUCCGCUCGUGAUGGCCUUGGGCCUACUCCUCGCCGGCCCUGCGGCCCGUGCACGCGUCCAUCUGAAUCGGCCAUCCCAGCUGGGUAGCUUUGCCUGGGAGAACUGCGAUGACAAGAAGGACCCUGUGGUGCUCAAAAGCCUGACUCUGCAGCCUGACCCCAUUGCCUUUCCUGGGAACCUGACUGUCAGCGCCGAGGUCCAGAUCGAUGUCCCCCUCAGUAGUCCUCAGAAGCUGGAAUUAACUGUGGAGAAGGAAGUGGCCAGCUUCUGGGUCAAAGUCCCAUGUGUGGAACAAAUUGGUAGCUGCACCUAUGAAGACUUCUGCCAAAUACUUGGUGCUUUAAUUCCCCCUGGACAGCCCUGCCCGGAGCCCCUGCACACCUAUGGGCUUCCCUGCCACUGAAGAUGUCCCUCUUCUUCUUUCUUGCAUUUGCCAAGGUCAAAUUCUGACUCUCUGUCCCCCUUCAAGCCCCUUUCUACAAUGAUGCCACUUCCCUCACUGAAAAUCCUUUUGUGCCAUCUACGUUUUAGGCACGGGCAGGCAGCCCUAACCUAG